AUGAGCUCCUUUCAGCUCUUUCCCACAUCUCCGGAUAGCGGGACCUCUAACAACCCGUUUUUAAAAGGGAAGCGAAGGCAAGCCGGCGGCCGACCGCUGGCGGAUGCGAUCCCUCUCAAGACCCUCGGUAACAAGGGCACCGUGGCCGAGGGGAUGCUUUUCCGCGUGGACCAAAAUCCAGAGAGCGUCCCAGCGCCCCCAAAGGCCCACGUUGCUCGGCCCUCGCAGUCCUCAUCGUUGGGAACACCCCAGGAGCACGAUGCACGCCGGAAUGCUUCACAUGUCAACGCCACUACAUCGGAAGACCGGAUGGCCGGGCGAGUGGGGUCUCAAUCCAGCUCGAAACGCAGCAAAGGAGGGUCCACGCCCAUCGCAGAAGCAACUCCCAAGUCAGAGUCGCCGGCACCUCCUAUGAGGUCUAUGUUUCCUCAGUAUAACCCGCAGCUACCACUCAAUCAGCAAGCAUACUAUCCCCCGGCGUCCGGCCAUACUCCUCGGAAUUACUCAAGACCAAGCAACAUCCUCCUGUCGCCUGCGCCGGAGAUUGACCAGGCCCUUGGCCCGAAGACGGUGCCUGCUAGCGUGCUGAAUUUCCCUUCGGGGGUGCUGGAUACACCUGAGAUGCGAUACUCUUCCGUGGAGGAGCUGAGGAGUUUGUGGGAAGCGGCCAAUGGUCAGAGGCCGCAGAAUAUGCCGGAGACGUUCAAUCUGCGUCUGCAACGGAGUGGGCCUACAUCAUUUUCCUUCGGAGAACCCACCGCGCCGUUCUAUACGAUGCAGAUUGAACCGAAUGACGGGAUCUCUCUGACGAGGAUCAAUCCCUCCAGGUCCAGUAAUAGCGUUCCGAUAAUGACAUUCAAAGUGGAGGAUCGAUCUCGGCGCGAACUGCGCGGAGACAAUCUAGUCUCGCUGCUGCUGCCCCGCCUCGCCGCCGUGCUAGCCCUGGAUCAGGUUGCGGAGAUGGUCAAGGAGCACCAAUUGCCCCACCAAGAUGCGAUCGAGCUGGAGGCCGAUGCUCUCAAGCGGGUGGCCGAGCAGGAGUCAUGCAAGCUGUUCUGGAAUUCGACAAAUCAUAACUACGAGCUGCACCACCCGGCUCUUUGCAAGCAGCCGCCCGCCUUGGUCGGCGCGGCAGGCAUCCCUCUGUCCCCGGUGCGAUCGAAAUACGCUGGGAGUCUGCAGGUGACCGUGUCCAGUGCCUCUGCCGAGUCCCGGUCCAGCCAGCCCCCGAUCGUUCUCGUGACCACGCCCGUGUCGGCCAAUGCGAUCGAGUCGGCCAACACGGCGGCGACGCCCCGGACCUCCACGCUGCCGUUGAUGGACUCGGACGAGCCGCUGGCCGCGCUGGACCUGGGGACGAUGACCCUCUCGAUCUCCGGGGUCUCGACCAUCAACACCGUCCCGUCUCUGUACGCGAUUGACUCCGUGGUUGCGGCGAUGCUGGCCGUCGCCGUGUCGGACGAGGCCACCGGCCCGAUCCUGAAGGAGCUGGUGCUGUACGGCUCCGAGCGAUCCAUCACGCCAUGGGGACAGGGACCGUACGGCACCGGCUACCGCAGCGACCUGGUCACAGCAGCGGCAGAGCGGGACGAGGCGCAGAAGGGCCACCAGCUGUGGUCGACGGUGAAGUCGGCGUUAUCAUCAUCGGUCUCGGAGAAGAGCGAGCAACCACCGCGGCGCUGGUACCGGUUCGGGGGCCGGGGCCGCCGGGCCCAAAAGACGAAGAACCGGAAAAUCGUGGUGGAGGAAUUCGACCUGGAGCGGUACGGGCGGUACGGGCAUGGCUCGUCGCGGGAGGGCCAGAAGCUGCCGGGGAUCACGCGGGGCAUUCUGCGGGUGGUGUUUUUGGGAUUGGAGGUGGUGGUGCAGCUGCUCACUUGGGCGGUUAAGGUAUUUGCGUGGGUGCUGGUGAACGCCACGCGGUGUGUGACCAGCGAGAGGUUUUGA